UGUGUUUCUCUCCAAUAACAACCAUGAUCAUGUGGUACAUUUCUUCUUUUAAUGUGUUUGCCUUACUUUGCUCAUUCUACCAGCUGAGAAACAAAUCUAUUUAUUUUUACAAUCGUUGACCAAUCAAAUUAUUACUAUUGAUCAAAUUGUAUUAUGAAAGCUAUUCUCUACUGAAAGUGACUCAUUUGUUUGUGCCCAACGCUUCUUCUAUUGGAAACCUAAAUUAACCUGAGAUAAUCUGUUCAUGUCAAUCAUGUCUCGAUCAACCCCUGAUUUUGUCUUGCUUUCUGGCAAUAGUCAUCCUGAUUUCUCGCAAAAAAUUGCUGCCAGAUUAAAUGUUAAACUUAAUAAUUGUUCUGUUUACCAUACCUCUAAUCGUGAAACCUUGGUUGAUAUUGGUGACAGUGUCAGAGGUCGAGAUGUUUACAUUAUCCAAACAGGUACCAAAGACGUCAAUAACAACAUUAUGGAGCUACUGAUAAUGGCAUAUGCUUGUAAAACAUCAUCAGCUCAGAACAUUGUUGGUGUAAUUCCUUACUUGCCCUACUCAAAACAAAGUAAAAUGAAAAAACGAGGCUGUAUUGUUGCCAAAUUACUAGCCAAGAUGAUUUGCAAAGCUGGAUUUACCCAAUUAAUCACCAUUGAUCUUCACCAAAAAGAGGUUCAGGGUUUCUUUGACGUACCUGUGGAUAACUUAAGAGCUUCACCUUUCCUAUUACAAUACAUUCAAGAUUCAAUUCCUGAUUAUAGGAACGCUGUGAUAGUCGCUAAAGACCCUGGAUCUGCUAAAAAAGCUACCUCAUAUGCUGAGCGUCUUCGCUUAGGUAUUGCUGUAUUACACGGAGAACCUCAAAAAACUGCUGAAUCAGACGAAGUAGAUGGAAGAUAUUCACCUCCUACGGUUGAACCAGCGCCAAAACCUUUAGAUCCUGGAUUAGACAUAAUGCCUGCGCUGGCUCCCAAAGAAAAGCCACCGAUGACCGUAGUAGGUGACGUUUCUGGUCGAAUUGCUAUUAUGGUUGAAGAUAUGAUAGACGAUGUCCAUUCCUAUGUUGCUGCUGCUGAAGUUCUGAGAGAGAAGGGUGCUACAAGAAUAUUUGUUCUGGCCACACACGGCCUUCUUUCCAGUGAUGCCCCCAAAUUAAUUGAAGAUUCACCCAUUGAUGAAGUUGUUGUCACCAAUACGGUUCCACAUGAAAUUCAAAAAAUGCAGUGUCACAAGAUAAAGACGAUCGACAUCUCAGCUCUUCUUGCUGAAGCCAUCAGAAGAAUACAUAACAAAGAAUCGAUGUCUUAUUUAUUCCGUAACGUUACUCUUGAGGAUUGAUUGCUUUACAAGCUUACCGAGAUGAAGUGAAAUUAUCACACGAGGUUUCAAUUCAAAGGAAUUUAAUUAAAGUCACACUGCAUUAAAAGAGAGUUGUUUGUAUCACAACUCUUCUAGAAUUUCUCACAUUAAUCUUGAUCUUGUCCUAGUGAUCUUGUCUUUUUUCAACCAAAGUAUAUUAUUAAACACUCGUUAAACGCGAAUUGUUUAAACAAAAAAAUA